CUAAACGCAGGACUAGGGUUUAGGGUUUAAGCUUCCGCAAGCCCUGGCCGCGGAAUUUCUGGUUUCGAAGACUUCCUCCGAAUCCGAGCUUCGGAAUUGGUGCUGGCAAUUCGUUGCAGCGUGGUGGAUUGACAGGUGCUUCGUUUGCGGAAAGAGUGAGGUUGGGGGAUGUGACUGUGAACAUGGUUGGACGCACUGAGAGCUCAGGAGGCUCGGUAGCCAUCGGAGGAAGUGCCAUGGCUUCAACUCCGAAGUUUGGGAGUUUCUACGGUGGCAGGAAGGAGGAAGAGCUGGAUUGUAGCAGCUUGUAUGAUUUGACUAAGCCUCACACGGAGUCUUUUGAUUAUUUUGUUGAGCGGGGACUGGAAGAGGCUGUGCGGCGUUUGCAGCCGAUUGAAUUGAAACACCCGAUCUCUGGAACAUCAUUGCGAUUGUGGGUUGAGAAGCCUAACGUAAGCCCGCCAAUGAAAGACCUAGGUAGCCAAGCAUUAGAUCAGCGCCUUUUACCAUCCGAAUGUCGACUUGCUGGAUUGACGUACAGAGGUAUAUUCACAGCAGAUAUAUGCAUGCAAUGGAACAAUGGAGUAGUUGUGCGACACAAUAUUUCUUAUGGCAAGAUGCCUGUAAUGGUCAAGUCUAGUGUUUGUCAUCUUCGGGGACUUAAUCAAAAGCAGUUGGUUGCUGCAAAGGAGGAGGCGACAGAGAUGGGAGGGUAUUUUAUCUGCAACGGAAAUGAACGUAUCAUUCGACUUCUUAUCAUGCCUAAGCGCAAUUAUGUUGUAGGAGUCAAACGAACCUCAUACAAGAACCGUGGCCCCUCCUAUUCUGAUAAGGGAGUUAUGAUCAGGUGUGUAAGACCGGAUCAGUCUGCGGUCACAAUGAGGAUGUACUACAUGAACUAUGGGAGUGCAUCACUUGGUUUUUCCGUUCGGCGCCAGGAGUUUCUUAUACCUGUGGGAAUCAUCUUGAAGGCUUUAAUCGAAUCGAAUGAAUAUGAGAUUUAUGAGCAGCUGAUGUCAAUUCAGAGUGAUUCAAAAGCUAUGAAGGGUGCACUUGGUUCACAAUUUGUUAGUCAAAGAGCAAAAAUUAUAUUAGAAGAAGUUAGACAACUUUCGCUUUUUACACGUCAUGACUGCCUUCAGUUCCUUGGGAAUCGGUUUCGGCCAGUAAUGGGCCUAGAAGACAAACAACAGCACGCAGCUGUGGUGGGAGAACAGGUUCUUAACGAUUAUAUACUUGUACACCUGGACAAUCCUCUUGAUAAAUUCAACCUGCUUGUGUUCAUGCUACAAAAGCUAUUCGCUUUGGUAGAUGGGAUGGCGGCUCCAGAUAAUGCUGACGCAUUGCAAAACCACGAAAUUUUACUGCCUGGGCAUCUCUUGACCAUAGUUGUCAAGGAUAGAAUCCAAGAUUGGUUGUUGAGAGUCCAGGGACAACUUCUCAAGGAGAUGAAGGAGAAGCCUGCUGAGAAUGAUUUACAACUUAAACAUGUGCAAAAGGUAUUUGAAAAAGUACCAGCUUCUGACGUAAGUAAGAAGGUGGAGUACUUGCUGAACACUGGCAACCUUGUCAGUCAGUCUGGGUUGGAUCUCAAUCAGGUCGGGGGUUUUACCCUUGUUGCAGAGAAGCUAAAUUUUCUUCGGUACCUUUCUCAUUUUCGUUCAGUUCAUAGAGGCGCCUUCUUUGCGACACUUCGUACUACUACUGUUCGUAAAUUAUUACCUGAGUCGUGGGGAUUUAUGUGUCCUGUCCACACUCCUGAUGGCUCACCAUGUGGUCUACUCAACCAUCUUACUGCUGCUUGCCAAAUUUCGUCAGAUCUGGAUGCGCGUGGAAAUAAGAAAGACCCCUUGGCGAUUCGGAAGUCAGUGACUAAAGUAAUGGUUAAUUUGGGGCUGGUUCCAGUGCUCCCAAAGUUGUCGAACAUGGCACCACCAGAAUAUUUAACAGUUCUUUUGGAUGGUUGUGUGAUUGGUCAUUUAGCAACCGGAGCUAUCCCUUCUAUCAUUGAACAUCUUCGACGACUCAAAGUUGUGGAUGGUUCUGAGGUUCCAGCUGACAUGGAAAUAGCCUAUAUUCCCUGCACAUCAGCAGGAUCAUAUCCUGGUUUGUAUCUUGCCACUACACCAUCUCGUUUUACAAGGACUGUGAAGCAAAUGUUCGGCGAUGGGAGCUUGGAGCUGAUAGGGCCUCUUGAGCAGGCUUAUAUGGAAAUCAAGUGUCCUGGUGGAAAUGAACCCAUUGGUCCCAAACCAACACAUGAAGAGAUAAAUGCCACAGCCUUCUUAAGUGUUGUUGCGAGUCUCACGCCAUGGUCAGACCACAAUCAAAGCCCCCGCAACAUGUACCAGUGUCAGAUGGGAAAACAAACAAUGGGGUUCCCUGCUCAAGCACUGCAAUGUCGUGCAGAUAAUAAGAUGUACCGUAUUCAGACACCACAAAUGCCAAUUGCACAGACAAAUGCAUGGAACAAAUAUCAUAUGAAUCAAUUUCCUACUGGUACAAAUGCCAUUGUUGCUGUGCUGGCGUACACAGGAUUCGAUAUGGAGGAUGCUAUGAUAUUGAACAAAUCAUCAGUGGAGCGUGGCUUACACUAUGGUCAAGUCUACAAGUCGGAGACAAUCGAUUUAACGGAACUUCGACAGAGAGGAGAUGGUGUUACCAACGUCUUUGCAAGGUCAGGUGCAAUGGCUAGGUUCAAAGAGCAGGCCGACAAAUCAGCAAACUUUAUAGAUAUCGAUGGUCUUCCCUAUGUAGGACAGACCUUGACCGAGGGAGAUCCCUACUGCAGCGUUGUAAACAAGAUGACAGGGCAGUCAAAGAUUUCAAAAUUGAAAGGUUCGGAAGCUGCUAUUGUAGAUUAUGUGGCUGCUAUCAAUACUGGUAGUAAAGAUCCUCUUCAGAAGGUGACAAUUCGCACGCGUCAUCCACGAUAUCCACAGAUUGGAGACAAGUUCAGUAGCAGGCAUGGACAGAAGGGAGUGUGUUCACAACUUUGGCCAGAUGUGGACAUGCCUUUCUCUGCUGUUACAGGAAUGCGCCCAGACAUUAUAAUUAACCCCCAUGCUUUCCCUUCACGUAUGACAAUCGGAAUGCUUCUAGAGUCAAUGGCCGCGAAGGCUGGUGCUCUUGAUGGUAAGUUCAUGAACGCAACUCCAUUUAAGAAAAGCAGUAAAGAAGGAGGCGACGGUAAAGACUUUGCCAAGACAGGAGGGAACGACGGAACUGCGGACUUGCUUGGACAGCAAAUGAAUGCUCAUGGAUUUAAUUACCAUGGGACUGAAGUCAUGUACAGUGGUGUUUUAGGCACCGAAUUUGUUUGCGAAAUCUACUUAGGCGUGGUCUACUACCAACGGCUACGGCACAUGGUUUCUGACAAGUAUCAGGUACGAUCGAUGGGUCCCGUGAACCCUGUCACGAGGCAACCUGUAAAGGGACGCAAGGUUGGAGGAGGUAUUCGAUUCGGAGAAAUGGAGCGUGACUCACUACUGGCGCAUGGAGCAGCGUAUUUGCUUCAUGACCGUUUGCAUGCAUGCUCGGAUUAUCACACUGCCAAUGUUUGUGGCUUUUGUGGAAGUCUUCUGGCAACAGUGCCCCUGCCAACUACAAGAGGCUCUCUUGGAUCUCUAGGUCUUGGAAUUCAGCAAGGUGGGAAGAAGAUUUGCCGAGUAUGCAACACAAGUAAAGGAAUUGAGACUGUAGCCAUGCCUUUCGUGUUCAGGUAUCUGGCUGCUGAGCUGGCGGCUAUGAAUAUCAAGCUAACGAUGACUCUUUCUCAGAACUAGUAUUGCAUAGUUUCAAAGGAUUUAGAGUAUUCUGCCGGGGACCCCUUACUGCCGCGCUGUUACACUAACUAUAGGAUUCUUUUAAAAAUAUCAAAAAGAAAAGGUUUUCCAAUGUUGUGCUAUUUUUGGAGGUUUUGGAUAUAUGUUUUGCAAUUUAUUCCUUCAACAAAACAAAUUGAGAUGUGUUCACAAGU